AGGAGGAACUAAAGAAAGAAAGAAAGCGUAGAAGGGGGGGUAGAGGAAGGAGCCCUAAUGAAUUCAGCGUCGCUGUGUUGGCGCGAAUGCGACCGCUUACAUAGCAAUUAAAAGAUCCUCAUUGCGAUUUUGGUCAGAUUUUGUAACUGGCCGCCGCUUUUCUUUCGCCUCCAACGGUCGGCGACGUGUGCAGCUAGCUUCGUUAGCACCUUAUUUAUCAUUGUCACAUUAAUCUGCUCCCCCUUUUUUCUUUCCUCCGGUCGGAGUCACGGUCCUGAUAAUAACUGAGCGGCACCGGGACAAUAGAGGAGCGUUUCCCUGGAAGAAAACGACAAGUCACAGCUGUAGAGGGGAGAAAAAUGGGGAGGAAAUCCAACAAAGCGAAGGAGAAGAAAGCCCGGCGUCUGGAGGAGAGGGCAGCGAUGGACGCUGUGUGUGCAAAGGUGGAAGCUGCUAAUAAGCUCGACGAUCCUCUGGCUGCUUUCCCAGCCUUCAAAAAGUACGACAGAAACGGGUUGAACCUGCAGAUAGAGUGUAAGAGAGUGACCUCGCUCAACCCGCUGGCCGUGGAGUGGGCCUUCGAACUCACCAGAGCCAACAUGCAGACGCUAUACGAGCAGAGCGAGUGGGGAUGGAAGGAGAGGGAAAAGAGGGAGGAGAUGAACGACGAGAGGGCGUGGUACCUGCUGGCCCGCGACGCAGACUCCACCCCCCUGGCCUUCUCCCACUUCCGAUUCGACGUGGAGUGCGGGGAAGAGGUUUUAUACUGCUACGAGGUGCAGCUGGAGAGCAAAGUGCGGAGGAAAGGGCUCGGAAAGUUCCUCAUCCAGAUACUGCAGCUCAUCGCUAACAGUACGCAGAUGAAGAAGGUGAUGUUGACGGUCUUCAAGCACAACCACGGGGCUUACCAGUUCUUCAGAGAAGCUCUACAAUUCGAGAUCGACGAAACCUCGCCGAGCAUGUCCGGUUGCUGCGGCGACGACUGCUCUUACGAGAUCCUCAGCCGGCGGACCAAACACGGGGAGGCGUCCGCUGGCCACACCCACGGCGGCGGCCACUGCGGCGGCUGCUGCCACUGAUGGGCGACGACUUUCGGAAGCUGUGCGUGCGUGCGGGUGACGGAGCGUUUUUCUGGUUUGGGGGGUCGAACGGCGUCAGAAACGAGCCGCAGGUGGAAGUCCUGAUGCUGAUGAGCUUUUUUUCAGGAUUCUGUUUUGUGUGUUUGUUUUUAUUCCUGCUGCAAAGACGGAAAGCAGCUCACGCUUUUCUCUCUUCUCCCAAGUUAUUGACCCGCUCCCUCUUUUUUCACCUCCACCCUCCCAUUGCCGUUCGUAGAUAUAUUCCUGUCUCUUCAUGUUCUGCAGUGUAACGAGUCGUUUUGAUUCUUUGAUUCUGUGGCUUAAGACUCGAUACUGGUGCUGGUUCGGCCUCUAGUCAGUAGAAAAGCUUUAAAUCAUGUCCUGACUCAAGACGGCAGGUGUGAAACUUGAAUGAGCUGUCCAGUUUGUCGACAAGUUGCAGCUUCUUGAAGUCUGAUGUUUCUCCCUGCCUUACGGAAACGGUCGCAGGAUUGCUAUAAUCUGCUCAAUCCCUCAUCAUUCCCUGUUUGUAUUUACGUAGAAGCCGCUUUAAUCCUAAUUUUUCUUUAUUUUAUUACCACUUUUAAUCCAGAAGUUUAGAUCACUUAUUUUUGUCCUCCUCUCUUUUAACGCUUUACGAUGCUGAAUCGGUUUCCCACGCUCUAGUUUCUCCUUCGCGUUUCCCUCUCCUCUGUGCCUGAAAGUUCUGGAAUAUCCUUUCGACCAUUUCGCCUCGUUUUUCAGAGGUCCAGAUAUCAGUGUUAUAAUGCCACAUUUAGAGUUCAGAUCACAACUUUACAUACACUCAGCACAGGUGGAAUAACUAAAACGGAGAAAAAACACAAAAUCUUACAAACUAUUUUGUUUGUCUUUGUACACUUUAAAUAAGAUUGAACUGACCUACAAGUAACAUUUUGGUAAGAUAUAGGAGCUCGUUUUAAUGAAAUGAUUCCUUUAAUAUUGAUUUUAAAAAAGUAUUAAUUCCACUGGUAGAUUUUUUUUUUUCAUAAAAAAUGUUUUAAAGUGAAAUAAUCUGUCAGUGGAAUUGCAACUUGUUUUUGCAGUGUAGAUACAGGCUCAACUAUUUACAUUCACUCCUAUCAGUAGCCAUUUGUACCUCAAUCACAUCUUAUUAGACAUUGUAGAGUUUGGUUAUGUUGGUCGAUUUCUUGGUUUUGAUGUUGGUCCGGUUUUGCUUUCCAGACCCAGUUUGAAUCCAUGGUUUUGACCUUUGACCUGUUGGAAUAGGUUCAUGACUCCCAAGGUUUUUACCAUCUGGCGAGAGAAUUUUAGUAAUUUUUAAUGGCUUCCGUUUUGGAGCAGGAUCUUUCUUGCUGGAAGUAGAAGAUACAAAGAAACAGGUUAAUGUUAAGGUCCAACUUCAACAGUUUUUACAUUUGAGGAUUACGCUGUUGAUUAAUUUAUAGAAACUCUAACAUAUCUGGUACCAAUUGGGAAAACUCCACCCAGAAUUAAACCAGAAUUGCUCCACACAACAUUUCAGACAUUCAGUUAAUAAACAUGUAUGUAAAUAUUAGAUUGUGUUUAGAGUUGAGCACCAAAUUCUUGUUUUAUUCGACUCUGGAAAAAGAACAGCAUCAGUAAAUGACUAAAGAGCCAACAUAAACAAAACGUUCAUGCAGUCGCCUAAAAUCAUCUUGAUUUUGACCAGAAUCAGGUUCAGAGGAUUGUUUCUUUGGAAGAUAAUUCCUUCUUCGUUCCCCAGUAUUAACUCGUCUUCAUCGUCAUCAAUGGUCCAACAGCAGCUCUGAAAUUCAUUUUGCAAAUUUUCUAAACCAGCAGAAAUAUGCCAAAAUGUGCGGCUGCAUGAAAUUUAGUCUUAAUUUAGUGGUGCAGUAAGUUGUUCUGCACAUACGCAUAACAAUGUCUCACUAAAAAGUAAUUGCUUAGUUGUUUUAAGGUUACUUUCAGAUCCAUUUAUUUAAAAAAAACAAAAAACUUGAGAGUAUUUUUCAGACUGAUUCAUUUGCUAUUGCAAAUCAGAAACCCUAUUUUUUGCUUUUGUUCUCCCUACAGAAUCUCUUCAGUUUUACAUCCAGUACUGUUUGUUUUCAAAUGCAUGCAUGAGGAGAAGAUGGGAAGUUUCUCCAUCCAGCAUCAUGAUGAGGGUGUUAGGUUGGUACGUCUUUAAGGGGUUUGUUUUGUUUCUUUCGAAAGCGGUUCUAUCAAGUUUUUGUACGGUUUUGAUGCCUGUUGUAAAAUGUGAACCUGGGGGCUGAAAUGUGAAAAACUGCACAGGUCAGAAAGGUCAUGAAUCACCUAAAUAACCGCAUGGCUGACUGAAUAUGAAGUGAGACUUGCUGAUCGUUUCCCAACUAAAAAAAGAAAAAGUUUUCUGUCUUUUUCAGUGAUCAGGAAAAGGACACAAGGACCAGGAAACAUGCUUAUUUCUACUAUAACUCACAUUUUUGUACCAUUUAGGUCACAAUUAGAUCAAUGCUGUUCUGCAUAGUCUCUCUCUCAGGUCAGUCAAUCAUCUUUUCAGCUUCCUGUUGGCUCUGAUCUGGAGUCUGUUUCUUAUGUAAAAGACUUUAAACACAACCUGAAUAGUGAAAACACUGAAAUCCCUGUAAGUAACUUGUUUGGUUUUAGUUUGUUCCAGUUCCUUUAAAAAUGUGACAUUGCAUGAGAGUAAAUUUAGAUCUGCUGCAGGCUGUUCUUGUUUUUUUUUUGUUUGUUUGUUUUUUUUAAAUAAAAACCCUCACUGAGAAUUGAGGAGGAUUUCUGUAACCAGUUUGUUUUGAAUCCAGUGAGUAUUUUUGGUUUCUUCAACGUCCUUCUCUUCAUUUUCAUUUUCUCUCUGUACAUAAGUAUAAAUAUAUAUAAGCUGUUGUGGAUUCAUCCUUUCGUGUCUUCUCGGCCUUUUAGGGGCGAAACGCUUUUUUAAGAAACGUGAUGUUGAAUUAAAACAAACGCCAUGUUUGAGAGUGCUUGUUUCUGUGACAAUGAAAGGGAAAGUCAUUCUGCCUUGUCAGUGUUUUAUUUGUAUGUUACAAAUAAAGGAAAGUUGUCUGA